CAUUAUCACAUGCAAAGUAGUUGAUGUGGAAGCUCAUCUGCAACUUUCUUCACAUUCUUCUCCUCAAAUAAUAUAAAGGUCAGGCUAUCUUCGAUGUGAUGUAAUAAAUGGGCCAAGACAUCAUCUGGAAGAAAACCAGUCGAAACCUGGCAAGAUGGACUUUGAAACAACAUACAAGAUGAAUUUUAACCGUCACAAUGUAAAGCCCGUGACAUUAUUGCGUCCAGUGGAAAGGCAACAGGAUGUUGGAAAGUUUUGUGGAACUCCUACAUAUAAAAGUGAUUUCAAACAAUGGGAUAUCCAAAAAAGAGAACUUAUUAAACAACCCAAUAUUUACCAGCCCCCGGUCCUGAGGUUUGGUCAUUCAACUACUUCCCAAAAUGAUUAUUAUCUUAAGAAGCUUACAUUGAAUAAGAGCCUUAAGCCUGAAGACAAAACCAAACGUUCCAGCCUCCCUUUCGAUCAUACCACCAGCUAUAGCAUUUCCUAUGUACCUCACAAAUUGGCGCCUAAGUUUGAAACACAAAUAGAGGAGUAUAAGCCUAGUGGCCAACGCUUUGAGCAUCAGACGACACAUCGUCUUACUUACAAGGGUGCACUGGGUGAGAAAGCAAAAAGCUUUAAACCAGAGCAAACGACAAUUACCAACAAUGACAAAUUUGAGGGUACCUCCGAGACCAAAGACAGCUUUCUGCCACAGUUGCUGCCAUCUGGUCAUGAUGUUAAGACUGAGGAGGAUAGGCCAACUACCUUUAAACACAAAGACAACUUUCUUCCAAAGUUGCUUCCAUUUUGCCGUCUUGUUAAGACUGAGGAGGAUAAGCCUACUAAUGCUCCAACGGAAUUAGAGAGUACAGUGCCCUCAGAUUAUGUUCCAAGCCAGCUAAGUCUUGUGAAAACAGAGUCUCCUGCAAAAGGAAGCAAAGCAUCCAUCAAAGGAAAUUGCAACACGAAAGAUUUUAAAUCCGGAAAAGUCCAAGGCCAAGAACGCAAGAAGAGCAUUCAUCUUCCAAAGAUAAGUGCAACAUUUAAUGGAUUAACAACAUCCCAAACAUACUAAAACUUUAAACUUCACAAGAUAAAUAAAACCUAAAACUGUAAGCCAACCAAUGGGACCUCCAGAAGUUCUGUUCCAUUUGAGAAUGAAACCAUCUAUCAUGCAGAUUAUACUGGCAAAAACAAUUCAAUCUCUCCAUCAUUUCAUCCAGCUACGUAAGGCUACAAUUAUGGCCUGUGUUUAGUAUCAUUUCAGGAACUAUGGGGCACUCAAUUUGAACAUUGGUUAUACUUGGUCUUUUGAUUCAAUAAA